AUGGAAAAGUUUCUGAGGGAGUGGCGGCAGGAUGCCCUCAACAAGGCGCAAUAUGAGUCGGCCAUCUUUAUCGGCGACAAGCUGCUUGCAUUGACCAACGAUGACACUGACGCAUUUUGGCUCGCACAAGUUCACUUUGCGACAGGCAACUACACACGCGCCCAGGCAUUCCUCUCCAGUCAGGACCUCAUCUCCCGAAACCCAUCAUGUCGAUACCUCGCCGGCCAUUGCCUCAUCAAGCAGUCUCGCUUUGACGAAGCCCUCGCCGUCCUGGGCGACCGCAACCCGACGCACCUCAUCUCCAACGGUGCCAGCAACAAGCGCAAGACGCAGCCUCGCCAAGGGCGACGCCGCGACGACGCCGCGGACGAGGAGGCUGCGAAUCGGCGGUAUGAGGCCGCCAUGUGCUUUCUGCGUGGCAUCUGUUAUGCCAAGCAGAAUGCAUUUGACCGUGCCAAGGAGUGCUAUAAGGAUGCUGUACGCAUAGAUGUGCAGUGCUUUGAGGCGUUUCAGCAGCUCAUGGGCAACUCGCUGUUGUCGCCAGACGAAGAGUGGCAGUUCCUUGAGAGCCUCGACUUUGACUCGAUCCACGUGUCAGGGGAUGUGUCGUCAUCUCAGGAGGCUGCUGAUUUUACAAAGAUGCUGUAUACUACACGACUGUCCAAGUACCGGAACCCUGCAGCCUUCGAGACGGCCUACGACUCCCUCUCGACGCAUUAUCAUCUGGCAUCGAACCCUGACCUACAGCUUGCACGAGCAGACCUUCUCUACACGCAAUGCCGCUACCGCGAUGCGUUGACCAUCACAAAUUCGAUUCUCCAGGAGGACAAGUACAACUUUAGCGUUUAUCCGGUGCAUCUCGCCUGUCUGUUUGAGCUCAGGGAGAAGAACCUGCUGUUCCUCAUCUCGCACAACCUGGCCGACAACCAUCCCGAGGAGCCAUGCUCAUGGCUCGCAGUCGGAAUCUACUACUUUUCCAUCGACAAGAUCCCUGAGGCACGACGGUAUUUUAGCAAAGCCAGCAUGAUGGAUGCUCAUUUUGGACCUGCGUGGAUCGGCUUCGCGCAUACGUUUGCGGCAGAAGGCGAGCACGACCAGGCGAUAUCGGCCUACUCUACGGCGGCCAGACUGUUCAUGGGCACUCAUCUACCUCAGGUGUUUUUGGGGAUGCAGAAUCACGCUCUCAACAAUAUGACAUUGGCUGAAGAGUUUCUCAAGACGGCGUACGGACUGUGCAAGACGGAUCCACUGCUACUCAACGAGAUGGGUGUUGUCAAAUACCACCAAGAUAAGCCCAAGGAGGCGGCGCAGUACUUUUCCGCAGCGCUUAAGAUCGCUGAGGAUAUAGACAGCGAGCCGUCGGCGUGGUUAGCAGCGCGGACGAACUUGGGACACGCAUUCCGACGAUUACGACAUUUUAACCGAGCGCUGAUCGAGUUUGACGAGGUGUUGAGACAAGGGGGAAAAGAUGCAGCUAUCUUUAGCGCCAAGGGUCUCAUUCUGAUGGAGCAGAACAAACCGGAGGAGGCGGUAGUAGUGCUGCAUGAGGCGUUGGCGAUAAGCCCUCAGGACAGCAUCGCGACGGAACUACUCAACAAGGCACUCGAAGAGACGGCACUCCUUGAUGGAGCUGCAGAGUCUGAAGCAGAAGACCUGGCCGAGUUUGAGCACGCACUCGGACAACGCAAGAUGGAAGCCUCGGUCAAAGUGAAUGGGCGAAGAGGCGGUGGAAGGGGGAUGAUGGACAAAGGCAAGGGGAGGGUGAGGAGAUCAAGAAGAAUGACAGUGCUGGAGGAUGAAGAAGAUGAGAUAAAGGGAGACAGCAUGAUGGACAUGAGUGACGACGAGUAACAAAGCCAUCGAGAGAAUGAUUAUGGGCUGGGUUUGUCAUUG